GAUGAUAUGUUUCGUCAUUCUCAGAGACUUCUAAACGUAUGGACCAGCAAGUUAAGGGAGAAAGCACAGUCUAACAGUAAAGGCACACUAAAUGAUUUAAAUAUGGCUGUAAAAGAUGUCUUUUGGACGAAAGAAUUGCCGACUACAGCAGCAUCAAAGAUGUUGCGGAAUUUUCAUCCAGAAGAAGACGCGGAAUGUGUACAGCUCGCUAGGGCAGCUGGGGCGUCAUUUAUAGGCAAGACAAACUGUGAUGAAUUUGGUAUGGGUUCAAGUAAUAGAUACUCAGAUUUUGGCCCAGUAUUACACCCAUUCUCUCCUGAAAGAUUGGCUGGUGGUUCUUCUGGUGGUUCUGCUGCUGCUGUUGCAUUACAAGAAUGCGAUUUCGCUUUAUCAACUGAUACUGGUGGCUCAACCCGUUUACCGGCUUCCUAUUGUGGUGUAGUAGGCCUCAAACCAUCAUACGGGAUGAUAUCAAGGUAUGGUAUGAUACCAUACGCUGAAUCACUUGAUUGUGUUGGAAUUAUGGCCAGAAAGGUUGGUAUAGUCAAGCGAGUCUUUGAGGUUCUCUCACAAUAUGACGAAAAAGAUCCAUCUUCAGAGUCUUCUGAAGUGCGCAAAAGGGCUAUUUAUGGUAUGAUUAGUACAAAAGAAAGUUCCGAUACAUGGAAAAUUGGUCUACCUGAGGAGCUUUUCAAUAGAGAACCUUCAGAGGCACUCUCAAAUGUUAUAGAUACUUUACUCAAAAAUGGUACAAGUGAUGGAAAGCGUGUCGAGUUAUACCAGGUGUCACUUCCAUCGGCUAGUUUGGCAUUGAAUGCAUAUUAUAUACUCGCAAGUGCCGAAGCCUCAAGCUCACUUGCUAGGUAUGAUGGAAUGCAAUACGGUUACAGAAGUAAAACUGGUUCAGUGGAAGAAACACGGGCAGAAGGGUUUGGAGAAGAAGUGAAACGACGCAUAGAACUGGGCAACUUUGUGUUAUCAGCUGAUGCUUUCGAUAACUACUACUUGAACGCUCAGCGGGCAAGAACCGCUAUCGUAGAGGACUUUGAUAGGCUGUUUAGGUUACCUAAUGUGAGGAGCAAGAAUGAUAAUUACGAUCUAGGUGUUGAUGUUCUCAUUCAUCCAACUGCUGUAUCUGGACCACCGAAAGUUAAUUCUUCAGAUACAACAGAUUACUCGCAGGACGUUCUGACUACACCAGUUAGUUUGGCUGGAUUACCGGCGAUGAGUAUACCAAUUGGAAAAGAUAGUGAUGGCUUUCCACAAGGUGUGUCGAUCGUCAGUCAAUGGGGUUGUGAGCAGACUGUCUUCAAUAUGGCUCAUGAGUUGGAGAAUGUAAAUAAAAAGAUGCAUUGAUUGUAUAGAAUGUAA